CAAGAAACCAAAUAGAAUACAACUCGAUCCAUUGAGUUUUGCUGUUCUAAUGAGAACCAUUGCAGCUUCAUCGACAUUCUCUCCUGCUAAUUAUACACCAACAAAGAUUAGUGUACGGUCAGACAAUGUGAUUCCUCUUUGCAUGAAAUCGAACACCAAACCGGCUUUUAGAGGGUUACGGGUAAAAGUGAAGGUCGAAGCACCUGUAAAGAAUAUCAAUGACUACAUAUAUCGACAAAACUUCACAAUUAGAUCGUUUGAGAUUGGCCCUGAUCGGAUGGCAACUAUAGCAACAUUGCUGAAUCAUUUACAGGAUUCAAUUGCUAACAAUAUUAGCGCUGCUGGGCUGCUAGGCGAUGGAUUUGGUGCAACACCGGAAAUGACAAAAAGAAACCUUAUAUGGGUUGUUGCUAAAAUGCAGGUUCUCGUGGAUCGGUAUCCUGCUUGGGGUGAUGUAGUUCAAAUAGAUAACUGGUUUUCGGAUGCAUCCGUAAAGAAUGGAACCGCUAACCAUUGGCUCCUUCGAGAUGCCAAUACUGGAGAAACUCUCGCUCAAGCUAACAGUGUGUGGAUUAUGAUGAAUAAAAAAACAAGAAAAGUGUCUAAAUUUCCAGAAGAAGUUCGAGCUGAAAUGGCACCAAUUACAAUGGAUUAUUGUGUCUCGGAUGACAUUAAAAUAUCAAAGCUUCAUGACAACACAGCUGAUUUUGUCCAAACUGGUUUAACUGCACGUUGGAGUGACUUAGAUAUUAACCACCAUGUGAAUUUUGCCAAAUACAUUGGAUGGAUUCUCGAGAAUGUUCCCAUCUUGAAAACCCACGAGCUUUUUGAUUUGGUUCUGGAGUUUAAGAGGGAAUGUAGAGAAGGGGAUGGGCUAAAGUCUUUUACAACAUUUAUUGAACACGGUGGUAAUGCCGAAUGUCAGCACAUGCUUCAACUUGAAAAUGGAAGUGAGGUUAUGAGGGGAAGAACCAAAUGGAGGCCAAGCAUUUGAUCAGAACACAGUAAUGUUAUUUGUGUCAAUUAUGAAUAUCAGUUUAUGAUUUUGUCUGUGAUUUACGCUAAAACUGUACAUGUGUGUCACAGUUGUCCUAGUCUUGUAG